AUGCCUCCAAGCCAACUCCAAUUACAACAAGUCGCAUUGCCUCAGAUUGGAAGCCCCGCCGUAUCCUUCCUUUCUGGCCCGCUGGCUAAUCGGAGAAUUCGGGUGCAACUUGACGAGCUACAGAAGGCUGACCUGGGGCGCAAAUGCGCCAUCAAAGAUAGACGACCGCUCGACCCCCCACCUGUUGUCCAGUUGAGGCUCUUCGAACUAGACAAUGUGGACACAGUGCAGGAGACAGAGCAUGAGCUGACGAAUCUCAGUGAACCCAUAGCGCUGGGGUUCGUCUGUUUCGUCGAUCUAUACCCAUUUCCAGGCGAUAGCGAUGCAGGUAGGACGCCUGCAGGAGGCUCUCCCGGUCCGGACCCCGAGCCGUCGGCAUACUCCAUGUCCAGCUUGGAUUACAGCCUGUUUGGAGAGGGUGUUCUUCCGACUUCCUUCUUGGAGUCACCACCUUACCUCGCAAACGUCGCAAGUUCCAGCUCCUCACCCCCGUUAGCUAUGUUCAACGAUGGGGUUGACCCUAUGCUAAUAGGGUCGACCUCAUUUAUUCCACCAUGUAUGUCCAACUACGUACUGCCACUGCAGGGGCCUCGCAAACCUACUCACGCCCCGAUUGCUCAACUGGACGAAAUGGCAGAGCCUAGUCCGGACCAGAUCGUAGCUUACGUCAACGGAGCCCCCCUCUUACAUGGUACAUGUUGUACGACGGCGUUCGUGGGUACAACAUUCGUUUCCGUGUCGUGCUUUGACAUUCAUGGAAACCCCGUCCUCCUGGGCGUCUUCCCGGAUGUAGCUGUGAACGUCACAGGCACGUACUUGAUCCGGUAUCGGGUGGUCAACACACUCCAUGCCACUUUCGAGCACAGUCGGCGCGCCGUGCUUGCGGAAUGUUGGGGCGGACCCGUCGUCAUCUAUCCCGCGAACAUGUUUCCUGGUUUGCAGGAGUCAACGGAUCUGACCAAGACGUUGUCGGAGCUGGGCGUGCCAGUGAACAUGAGGCAAACCGAGCGGAAGAAGAGGAGAAACGGUGGCUAG